AUGAGUGCCCAGAGUGUGGCCAAAGACUCCCUGGGAAGGGUGGCCUCUACAAUUACACCCACACACUCUGAUGGAAAAACUCAUGAAUGCCAAGAGUGUGGCAAAAAGUUCACUAGCAAAAAUGACCUCAAAAGACACACCCGUACACACACUGGUGAAAGACCUCAUGAAUGCCAAGAAUGUGGCAAAGGGUUCAGUACAAAACAGAUCCUCAACAGACACACCCUUACACACACUGGUGAAAGACCUCAUGAAUGCCAAGAGUGUGGGAGAAAGUUCAGCCUGAAGGGUACCCUCAACACACACACCCGUACACACACUGGUGAAAGACCUCAUGAAUGCCAAGAGUGUGGCAAAAAGUUCAGUAAAAAACGGGACCUCGAUAGACACACCCUUACACACACUGGUGAAAGACCUCAUAAAUGCCAAGAGUGUGGCAAAAAGUUCAGUAAAAAACGGGACCUCGAUAGACACACCCUUACACACACUGGUGAAAGACCUCAUGAAUGCCAAGAGUGUGGCAAAAAGUUCAGCGUGAAGAGUCACCUUAGAGAACACACCCUUACACACACUAAUGAAAGACCUCAUGAAUGCCGUGAAUGUGGCAAAACAUUUCGUGCUAAGACUCACCUCAACAAACACAUCAUUACACACACCAAUGAAAGACCUCAUGAAUGCCGUGAAUGUGGCAAAAAGUUCAGUACGAAGCAGGGCCUCAACACACACACCCUAACACACACUGGUGAAAGUCCUCAUGAAUGCCAAGAGUGUGGCAAAAAGUUCAGUACAAACCGGAGCCUCAACAUACACACUCUUACACACACUGGUGAAAGACCUCAUGAAUGCCAUUACUGUGGCAAAAAGUUCAGCCAGAAGAUUCACCUUAACAAACACACCCUUACACACACUGGUGAAAGACCUCAUGAAUGUCGUUACUGUGGGAGAAAGUUCAGCCGUAAGAUCUCCCUCAAGGAACACACCUUUACACACACUGGUGAAAGACCUCAUGAAUGCCGUGAGUGUGGCAAAAAGUUCACUACGAAGCAGAGCCUCAACACACACACCCUUACACACACUGGUGAAAGACCUCAUGAGUGCCCAGAGUGUGACAAAAGGUUCAGUACUGUUUCUUAUUUGAACCAGCACAUCUUCCGACACUCUGGCCUGAGAGAGUUCAAGUGUGAUGUUUGUGGGAAACAUUUCAAAUUGAAGAAUGAUAUUGCCCGGCACAUGAAGAUCCACUUCCCCUGAGGUGUUGUGUUGUGCUGCUGUGUGUGGUGGUGGAGGGAAGUGUAGCACAGAGAACAACAAAUAAAUAGUACAAUCUUU